AUAGUUGAAUAUUUUUUCAUAAGAAAGAAUGGUUGAAAAUUUUACAAUUUUUGUAUACUAUUUCAAUAAUGCCAACCUAAUAUUGUGACGCUGGGACCCAGUUGGAUAUGACAAUACAAAGCAAUGCUGUCUUGAGUUACACACAAAGUAAUAAUAAUCUCUCUCCCUACCAAAACGUUUAGAGUUUCCUUUCGUCGUUCAAGUCCCUUUUCUGAAUGCCAAACCAUAACCAUAACCAUGGCUGCCCGAGUGGUUGGUGGAGCUUUCCUUUCUGGUUCUCUUCAGGUUCUGUUUGACAAGACAGCUCGUCGAGAGGUUGUUGACUUUGUAUGGGGGAAGAAACUUGAUAACAGGCUGCUCGAGAAGUUGAAGUUCAUGUUAUUGUCAGUGGAGUUCUGAAUGAUGUUUAGAAGAAGCAACUCACUGACUCAAAUGUGAGGACAUGGCUUGAUGAGCUCAAAACACGCAGUCCACAAUGCAGUGGACUUGGUGUACAAGAUCGACACCAAAGCUUUGCGAUGCUAGAUUGAACAUCAAUCUGGAAGCAGCAAAUUUGAGGUACUCAACUUCUAAUCUAGAUUCACUGUUAAGAAAUUUGAAAGAAGGACAGCUGAGAUCCUUGGCACACUAAAAUUUAUUGUGGAACAAAAAGUUUACCUUGGUUUGAAAUAAGGUGUUGAAAAUACAUCUUCACCACCUAGACCAGUACUUACAACCUUCGGAAGAAGAAUCUGGUAUUUUUGGUCGGGAUGCUGACGGGGAGGCUAUCAUUGAGUUAUUGUUCCUCGAUGAUAAUCUAGGUGGUAACUAGAUAUCUGUAAUUCCCAUUGUCCGCAUGGGUGGGAUUGGAAAGACCACCCUUGCUCAGCUCAAUUACAGUGAUUCUGAAUGAAGAACUUUGACAUCAUAGCAUGGAUUACAGUAUCCGAUCACUUUGAUGUUUUCAGUUUAACAAAAUCAAAUUUUGAAACAGUGUAAAAUCAAAUUUUGAAACAGUCACUUUACAACCAUGCUUUGUUGAUUGGUAGAGCAACUUGGAUGAAUAUUGCUGAGGCUGCAGAACGUACCCGCACAACCAUGCAAUUUCUCAUUGUCUAACAAAUAUAUAUAUAUAUAUAUAUAUAUUUUUUUUUGGUCCUCAUAGUUUCUUUAUAUGCUUGGCAUUGCCAAUCUCUAAAUGCUAUUCAAGUUACAUUAAAUAUGCAGUGGUUAAUUACUUUAUUAAGAUUAUGUUUGGGUUUAUUAUAUGACCUAAGCUUGUGGUUUAGCAUAGGAAGGUGAGUUAAUAGACCACUGGUAAGGUAAAAUUGCAGUUGGAGUCUUUUUGAGUUCGAUAUUGGGAUACUGUAUAAACGAGUGUACAACAUACCUUCUGAAAGUUUCUUAGUGCCUUGUAAUUCUGGAAUAAUUCUUAGUAUACCCUUAGCUCAACAAGGUCAAAGCUAGCUAGUUUACAUAAACAGGAUGGAAAAUAUAUAGAUAUAUAUAUAUAUAUAUAUAUAUAUAUCUUUGUUGUUAGUUUACUUAACCAACAAGCAUGUAUUGUUUCAGUUGUCAGACAUCUUUUAUUCGGUGCCCUCAAAAUUAAACCUCAAAAACUUUAAUUCAGCCCAAAAAAUAAUUAAAAAAAGAAGCAUCUAGGUGGCGUUGACUUGGAAGGAAAAAUUCACCUUAUUUAUAUAUUUCGGCUUCUUGUGCUGAAAGCAUGCGCACAUGAAAGAGAUUAAAAAAUAAAUAAUAAGUUUCUCAAUACCCAGAAGGCAUUGACAAAGAUACAAACCAUCUUCCAUCUUCCUCUGACUUUGCAUUUCAAACAUAACCAAAACUCUCUCUUUUUUCAGCUACAAACAGCUUUCCUUCAUCUUUUCCAAACUCUCCCUUUUCCCAAAUUACGAACAAUGGCUGCUGAACUGAUUGGUGGAGCUUUCCUCUCUGCUUCUCUUGAGCUGCUAUUUGAAAGGAUGGUUUCUCAGCAGGUCCUCAACUUCGUUCGUGGAAACAAACUGCUGGACGAUGGGCUUCUCAAAUUGAAGAUGAUGCUAAUGUUGUCAGUUAACAAUGGAGUUCUGAAUGACGCUGAAAAGAAGCAGAUUACAGACCCAGCAGUGAGGAAAUGGCUUGGUGAGCUCAAAGAAGCAAUCUACAAUGCAGAGGACUUGGUGUUUAAUAUUAGCACCGAAUCUUUACGAUGCGAGAUUGAAGAUCAAUCUAAAAGCAUCAAAUUCCAGGUACUCAACUUCUUCUCAUCUACAUUUUCUGUUAAGAAACUAGAAAAUGAGAGAGUGGAGAGCCCUGUUAAGAAAAUGGAACAUAAGCUAGUGGAGAUCCUUGAUUUUCUUGAAUAUAUUGUGAAAAAAAAGGGUCAACUUGGUUUGAAAGAAGGAGUUGAAAAUAGAUCUUCACCUAGACUAGGAUUACUACCACCUUUGGAAGAACAAUCUGAUGGUAUUUUUGGUAGGGAGGCCGACAAAGAGGCUAUUGUUAGGUUACUGCUAUCAGAUGACGAUGUGGGUGGUAAUGGGAUUUGUGUAAUUCCCAUUGUUGGCAUUGGUGGGAUUGGCAAAACCACCCUUGCUCGGCUCGUUUACAAUGAUGUCAGAGUGAUUGAGAAUUUUGAUAUCAAAGCGUGGAUUACAGUGUCCAAUGAAUUUGAUGUUUUCACAAUUGCACAAGCAGUUUUGGGAGAAUUCACUGCAAAAUAUGAUAGCAUGUACCCAUGUAAACUUCAACAUAGAUUGAAGAAGGUUCUGGAAAGGAAAAAUUUUUUCUUUGUUCUUGAUGACGUUUGGAAUGAGGAUUGUGAUUUCUGGUAUUCACUGAAGAGCAUAUGUGAAUUUGCAGCAAAUGGAAGUAAGAUUCUAGUGACAACACGCAGUGAAAGUAUUGGAUCCAUGAUGGGUAAUGUUCCAAGUUAUUAUCUGCAAAGCAUAUCAGAUGAAGACGGUUGGACGUUGUUUGCAAGACAUGUCUACAAUAAUGUAGAGCCAAGUGGAUAUUCGGAUUUGGAAGCAAUUGGUAAGCAAAUUAUUGAGAAAUGUCAAGGUGUUCCUUUAUCAAUAAAACUACUUGGUGGUCUUUUACGUUCAGAGCUCAAUCUCGAGGAAUGGGAAAAAAUACUAAAACAUGACAUUUGGGAGUUGCUUGAUGAAAAGGAGCAUGGCAUUCCUCCAGCUCUAUGGUUGAGCUAUUAUUGUUUGCCUCCCCAUCUAAAACCAUGCUUUGCUUACUGCUCAGUUUUUCCCAAAGCUUAUGAAUUUAGAAAAGAAAAAGAAGCUUGCGGAUUUAAGAAAGAAGAUUUGAUUUUAUUGUGGAUGGCUGAAGGUCUUUUACAACCCCAGAAAAAUAAAGUGCUUGAAGAAGUUGGGGAGGAGUACUUCAAUGAUCUGCUGUCAAGGUCAUUCUUUCAUCAGAGUAAAUGUAGUUUUACCAUGCACAAGCUUGUAACUGAUUUGGCUAGCUUUGUUUCUGGAGAAUUUAGUUUGAGGUUGGAUGACAACGACUCAAAAGUUCUUACUUGUAAAGCUCGUCAUUUGUCAUGUAUGGCAUAUAACCGUCGUAUCAAAGAAUUUGAGGCUUUCUAUGAAAAUAAGUUGUUGCGCAGUUUGCUAGUAGAAACAUGGUCAUACGGAAUAAUCGUGGCAGAACUUGAGAAAUUGCAAACAAUGCAAUGCUUACGAGUGCUCUGUAUCCGUAAAUUUUUAAUCUCAAAGUUGCCUGAUUCCAUUGGAAAUUUGAAGCUUCUAAGGUAUUUGGAUCUGUCUUUCAGUGAAAUCGAAGAAAUACCAGAAACAAUUGGCAGUUUGUACAACUUGCAGACACUAUUGUUGAGUGCUUGUGCACAUCUUCGAGGCUUGCCCGAUUCAAUUGGCAAUCUAAAGCAUCUGAGGUACUUGGACCUAUCUUAUAAUCUAUUUUGUUGGAUACCUGAAACAAUAUGCAACUUAUAUGAUUUGCGUGGACUGUCAUUGCGUGAGUGUAAAUGUCUUGUGUUUUUACCAACCAAUAUGGCAAGGCUGACCAACUUGCGUCACCUUGACCUUACACAUACACGUUUAAUCGAAAUGCCACCACAAAUGUCUAACUUGAAAUAUCUACAGAAGUUAGGCCAUUUUGUUGUUGGAAAAAAUCGUGGAUCUAAUCUUAAAGAGUUAGGUAAGCUUCAAGAUUUAUGUGGUGAUCUUUGGAUAACAAGUCUGCAGAAUGUUUUGGAUUUUGAUGAUGUCUCAGAGGCCAUUUUAAAGGAUAAAAAAUGGAUUACUGAGCUAGGUUUAAGGUGGGAAGAUGGUAAAGAUGAAUCAGAAAAAGCACGAGAGGUGCUUGACAAACUUCAACCUCACACAAAUCUAGAGGAACUAUCUAUUAUAAAUUACAAAGCUUGAUGUUCAAGGAUUUGAUAUGUUGGAGAAAAUAGGUUAUGAAUUUUAUUCUGAUGGUUCCUCUUCAAUCUUUAAACCAUUCAAGUCCUUAGAAACUUUAAAGUUCUCAGAUAUGCCACGGUGGAAUGAG